AUGGCCGAGACGAAGAGCGCUUCUCUCCACAACAACAGCUGUAAAGACCACAGCCGCAGAAAGUUACUCGUCGGUGUGGACCUCUUCUGUCUGUUUCUGGUGCUGCUUGUGGCUGCCUUUUUGCACAAAUGCCCGUUCCCGCCGUACGAACGAGGAUUCUUCUGUGGUGACAGCAGCAUCGGCCUGCCCUAUAAGAGCAGCACUGUGUCCACCAAAGUGCUGGCGGCCGUGGGGGUCUCUGUGCCGGUGGUCUCAGUAACCGGCCUGCCUUUCUUGGUCAUUGAAACCAGCGCGGUGCAGCCUUACCGCCGGGGCUUUUACUGCAAUGACGAGUCCAUCAAAUACCCGGCCAAAAAGGGAGACACCAUUAGUGACGGUGUGCUCAGUGCGGCCGGUAUUCUUAUCACCAUCAUGUCUAUUGUCAUUGGGGAGAGCUACAGGAUCUAUUUCCUCCAUGAAGGUUCCAAGUCUUUUGUGUCAAACCCGUACAUCUCGGCGCUGUACAAACAGGUGGGCGUGUUCAUCUUCGGCUGCGCCAUCAGCCAGUCCUUCACCGACAUCGCCAAAGUGUCCGUGGGCCGAAUGAGGCCGCACUUUCUGGACGUGUGCAAGCCAGACUUUAGCACCAUCAACUGCUCCCUGGGAUACAUCACAGACUACCAAUGCCAAGGCCCAGAGAGCAAAGUACAAGAGGCCAGGAAGUCUUUCUUCUCUGGACAUGCAUCUUUCUCCAUGUUCACCAUGCUUUAUCUGGUGUUUUACCUGCAGUCCCGCUUCACUUGGCACGGGGCUCGUCUGCUGCGUCCUCUCACACAGUUCACCCUCAUCAUGAUGUCCUUCUACACGGGAAUGUCCCGAGUGUCUGACCACAAGCACCACCCCACGGACGUCCUGGCCGGCUUCAUACAGGGAGCUCUGGUGGCAUACUGCGUUGUGUUCUACGUUUCAGACCUGUUCAAACCAAAAGGCCGACGCUCUACAGUGUCGCCUUUGCCAGUGAAGAAAGAUAUUAUAGUUCCUCCUCCCGACAGAAGUAACCCUCUCAUCAUGGCGUGA